AUGUCUUGGCUUCAAGAUUACGAUCCCCAAACACAGAGAUGCUUCUUUGCAGCCUCAGAGUCAGGGUGGACUAAUAAUGAUAUCGGAUAUCGCUGGUUGGUGGAUGUUUUUGAUAAAGAGACAAAAUCUCAAGCAAGCCGGGGAUGGCGCCUUCUUAUCCUCGAUGGGCAUGGAUCCCACGUUACAAUGAAGUUUAUUGAAUACUGCGACUCGAAUCGAAUUCUAUUAGCAAUCUUUCCGGCUCAUGCAACACAUACUUUACAGCCUCUUGAUGUCGCUCUUUUCUCGCCUCUUUCUAACGCUUAUACGAAGCAAUUGGAUGAUUUUAUAAGGGAUAGCCAAGGCUUCACCCGGCUCACUAAACGUGACUUUUUUCGCCUUUUUUGGGCUAGCUGGAAUGAGGUUUUUAUAAGCAAGAAUAUCAAUUCAGCAUUCAGAACGACUGGUCUAUAUCCCUUUGAUCCGGAGAUUGUUAUCAACAAAUUCAACAAGAAAAUCACCAGCCGGCCAUCCUCAAGCGAAUCCGGAGCUUCAAUUAUUCCUCCAGAAGAUUGGAGACGGCUUGAGAAGCUUGUUAAAACUGUUGUUAACAAUAUUUAUGAUGAAAAGGCUCUACAGCUUCGAGAAACGGUGUCACAUCUUUCUACUCAGCUUAUCUUGCUUCAAAAUGAGAAUCAAGGCCUGAAAAGAGCUCUCAUAAAUGCAAAGAAGCCUAAAAACAAGAAACAGCCUUUAUUACUAGGUUUACCAUCAGAACAAGAUGGUGGAGCGCUUUUUAUGAGCCCUACUAAGGUUCAGCAAGCUCGUGAUAUUAUUUCUCAAAAAAAUGACGAAGCCGCGCAGAAGCAGGCUCAUAAAGAUGAUAAAAAGCUUCAACAACAGCUUAAAAAGCAAGCUAGAGAGGCUGAAAAGGUUAAAAGAGCUCAAAUCCGACAAGAAAAACGCGAGCAGCGUGAGCAAGAGGCUGCGGAAAAGCAACGGCUUAAGGACGAGCAAGAAUUGGCUAAGCUAGCUGAUUUACAGCUUCAAAAUGAUGAUGAGGGAAAGAUCGAAUUAGCUAUUUCCGAUUUAAAAAAUGAAAGAAUUCGCAGUAUUCGUGAAGCUGCAAGAAUCUAUAUGGUUGCUCGUACAACUCUUCAAGAUCGAAUGAAAGGAGUGCCGUAUCGACAAAUAACACGCGCCAACAACCAUAAAUUGAGUCAAUCUGAGGAGGAUUCGCUUGUCAAAUGGGUGCUUGAUUUAACUAAACGUGGAUUACCGCCCCGGCACUUUCUCGUACGAGAUAUGGCUAAUUAUCUUCUCUCACAACAUGGAGAUCAACGGGUUGGAGAUAAAUGGGUAUAUAAUCUUGUUCAACGUCGCCCAGAGAUUGAAUCCAAAUUCUCACGAAAAUACAACUACGAACGUGCCAAAUGUGAAGAUCCAAAGAUUAUACAAGGCCAUUUUGACCGCGUACGAGAUAUAAUAUCUGAGUACGGCAUCUUACCAGAAGAUAUCUAUAAUUUUGAUGAGACGGGCUUUGCUAUGGGACUCUGCGCAACUGCAAAGGUUAUUACUGGAAGCGAUCGAUAUGCUCAGCCAAAGCUUCUACAGCCUGGAAAUCGAGAAUGGGUGACUGCAAUUGAGGCAACAAAUUCAACCGGAUGGGCUCUGCCUUCGUAUGUGAUUUUCAAAGCAAAGAAAAACAUAGGAUUAGAAUGGCUUAAAACCCAUUUUAUUCCUCUUACUAGUGGUCGUACAUUGGGAACAUAUAGUAUGUUGAUUCUUGAUGGCCAUGGAAGCCAUUUGACUGCAGAAUUUGACCGUACAUGUACGGAUCAUAAGAUUAUUCUAGUCUGUAUGCCUCCUCAUUCUUCACAUCUCUUACAGCCUCUUGAUGUUGGCUGUUUUGCAGUUCUAAAGCGAUAUUAUGGGCAGCUUGUUGAACAACGAAUGAGGCUUGGUUUUAAUCAUAUUGACAAAAUCGACUUCUUAACAGCAUUUCCACAGGCUCGUACAGUGGCAUAUAAAGCUCAAACUAUUCGGAAUAGCUUCGCAGCCACCGGAUUAGUGCCUUUCAAUCCAGAUCGAGUUCUUCAACAUCUCAAUAUUCAAUUGAAGACUCCAACCCCCCCUCCAAGUCGAUCAAGCAAUACAGCAUCAUCCUGCUUACAAACACCUCAAAAUAUACGCCAAUUUGUACGCCAGUCAACUACAAUCAAUAAGCGUAUAAAUAAGCGUACAGGAAGCCUGAAUCAGAAUGAAGAAAUCAAUCAGGCAGUUAUACGGUUAUCAAAAGCCUACGAAAUACUAGCGAAUGAUGCUUUACUCGUACGGAAAGAAAACCGUGAUUUACGAGCUGCGCAUGAAAAAGAGAAGCAAAAGCGCAAAAGAUCUAAUAAACAGAUAUCUAUUGAGCAAGGGAUUACUAGAGAGGAAGCUCAGGCGCUCGUACAAGGUCAGGUUGAGGCAUCUCAUGCUGUUACUACUACUCUGGCUGAGCCGGAGCUCCCAGCUUCUCAAGCAGUCAAAGUUAUUUUCCGGAGAGGUGGCCGGUUCGCUUACAUGGCCGGUUCGCUUACCGAUUACGUUACUACUACUACUACUACUAUAAGCGGUUAA